AUGCGCCGCCCCUCUUCCCCAGUACUCACGUCAAGUACGCCGCCAGCCCACUUCCGGGCCGACUCUUCCGUGUGCGCCAAUCGCCGGCCAAGCUGGAAGCGCAUUGCGCGUGCGCCGAAAUCCAUUUUCCGGCAGGCCAUUGCGCCAUUCACUCGCGAGGGGGCGGGGAUUUUUCUGGGACAGACCCCGCCAUACGUCACAACCCGCGGGGAGCCAAUGGGGAGAGAGCAGGGGUUGCCUCAGCACCGGGGAGAUGGGGCUGUUGGUCCCCGUCAACGCAGCUCCAGGGGCGAGCACAGUGACUCUCCCCAAUGCCCCCCCCCACGCCCUGGGGCACAGCUCCUGGCAGGGCCGGCGGUCGUUCUCUUGCCCUUCGGGCCACCGGGCCGCAGGCGGGCGGCGGGGCGUAGCCCGCCAGCAAAUGAGCUGGCGACUUUGAUCAGGGAACACCAUGGCCCACACUACCAUUUCUGCAGCUUUUGCUAUUCCUCAGUUACUGAGAGCACAAUGAAAUCCAAAAGGAAAACAGAUCAUCUGGAGAGAACGGCAAAUAACUUUCGACAGGAGGUUAUUUCUCCAGCAAAAGUGUGUGGCAUCACCAAUGAAUCUGAAACAGUUAAAAGACUUCGCUUGGCUGUCACAAAUAAGGAUUUUACUUUUAAAGCAGGACAGUGGGUAGAUUUCUUUAUUCCUGAAGUUGCCGUAGUUGGUGGAUUCUCAAUAUGUUCCAGCCCUGGUCUACUGGAACAAGAUGGAGUAUUAGAACUGGCAGUAAAACAUACUGUACAUCCUCCUGCUCACUGGAUUCACACUCAGUGCUCUCUUGACUCAGAAGUGGCUCUGCGAGUGGGAGGCAAUUUCUUCUUUGAUCCUCAACCUGCUGACUCCCCUGUAAACCUUGUGCUGAUAGCAGGGGGAGUAGGAAUCAACCCAUUGUUUUCCAUACUGCUACAUGUAGCAGAUCUUCAUAAAAAUCAAGAGAGUGAAAAAAUUGGGUAUAAAAUGGGAACAGUGAAGCUGUACUAUAGUGCAAAAAACACAAACGAACUCUUAUUUAAGAAUAAUAUCUUUGGUUUGAUGAACGAAUUUCCUGGAAAGAUCACAUGCAGUUUCCAUGUUACUCAACAGAGUUCACAAAUCUGUGAAGAACUUCAGCCAUAUAUCACUGAGGGAAGAAUAUCUGAAAAGGAUCUAGAAAAACAUGUGUCUAAGGAUACUUUAUGGUACAUCUGUGGUCCACCUCCAAUGAUAGAAUCUAUAUCCAAACUACUAGAAAACUUUGGUGUCCCUACAGACUGCAUUUACUUUGAAAAGUGGUGGUAGCAACAGCUACUUAGCAGAAAAUAAAAACUGAAAACAACUAAUCUAUGUAUUUUGAUAAAUAAAAAGUGCCUGAAAUGCACAGAAGAUGGACUCUACUAUGACCUCACUGACUGCAAGAUUUCACUAUACGCACAUGAAAUCUUUACACACAUGAAAUCUUCUUGUAUCUGGUAACAAUUCCUAAAUUAUCCUAUAAUGCACUCUGAUUUGGAUCAUUAUUGCUUUAUUGCUUUUGGAAAAAAACCUGUAUUUUAUAUUAAAGACAUGAGCCAUUUGAUUUUUGUA